CAAAUUAAAAAUGCAGUAUUUGCAACGUACGUACUGCAUUUUUUCAUAGUAUCAUUGCUUUACUGCUUUUUAACUUGGCAACACAGACAAAAACGUGGGUUAUCUAUGACGAAUACGGCGUCAUUGCAACUGCAAGCGUCAUCUGAUUAGUGUGUGCGUUGGUUGUUCGUUCGUGUUUUCGUAUUUGGUGUUUCUUUUUUUUCGGUAAAGAUUAUUUUUAUAGUGAAUUAUAUUUAGGACUAUUCAAUUUAUCGUAGAGUGUUAUAAAAAUCAUAAAAUGUUGUGUGAUAUUUGCAACACUUGGAUGUCAAGGACUCAAUAUAUGCUACAUCGUGCUUCAGACAAAUGUAAAUCUUCAUUGUUAGAUGAUUCUAGAACAGUUGUAUCUGAAGUAACUGUUGAUAAAAUGGAAGUCGUAGUGUAUGAGGCAGAAAUUAUGGAGGAUAGAGGAGAUAUUGUUUUAGAUGAGUCUGUCACAACACUUCAACCUUCAAUGGACGAAGAUGUCUUAAAGAGUAGAGUGGAUGUGGUGGAAAAUGGAGAAGAAAUUGGUAUAUCUAUUAUGUAUAUUUUAUAUAACAUAUAAAUUAUAUGUAUAACAUAGGUUGUACCGUGUUCUGUACUUAAACGAAGUAAUAAUUAAAUUUUAUCUUGUUUCAGUGUUAAAGGAAUCUGUGGAUAAACCAUUGGACGAAGCUGCAUCUCCAUCGGUCCAAUUUACUAAAAAGGGAACUAUACGAAUUCGCAGAAGUAAUUCUUUAAGUGU